UUGCCACUUCCAUCUCCUCACAUAUAAAUAGCUAUCAGUUAGUUCUAGUUUUUAAACAUAUCUUCUUCUUUUGCAUCUCCUUUACAUAUUAGUAGCUCUCUGUUAGUUCUAAUUUGAAACAUAUCUUCUUCUUUUAAUUACUUUAGCAUGGCAAAGGGAAAAUAUGCUGUUGAUAUUUCCUCAAUACAAGAAGCAUACACAAGAAUAAAAUCUUAUGUCACUAAAACUCCAGUUAUCUCGUCCACCUCUCUCGAUGACAUAUCAAGAAGACAACUUUACUUUAAGUGUGAAAAUUUUCAAAAGAGUGGAGCUUUUAAAUUUAGAGGUGCCUGCAAUGCAGUUUUCUCACUCAAUGAUGAAGCCACUUCUAAAGGUGUUAUAACACACAGCAGUGGAAAUCAUGCUGCGGCUUUGUCUUUGGCAGCAAAACUAAGGGGAAUCCCUUCAUACAUUGUUGUUCCACACAAUGCACCAACUUGUAAAGUUGAGAACAUUAAGCGUUAUAAUGGUAAGAUUAACUUCUCUGAGGCCAAUAUGAGGUCAAGGGUAGAAGUUGCGAAUAAAUUGUGUCAAGAAACCGGUGCUAUCCUUAUACCUUCUUCUAAUGAUGGCCGCAUAAUGAGUGGCCAGGGUACUAUAUCUUUGGAGCUUCUGGAACAAGCCCCUAAUAUCGAUACCAUUGUCGUACCAAUAAGUGGCGGGGGCAUGUUAGCCGGAGUAGCAUUAGCUGCCAAGGUGAUCAACCCGGCUAUUCGCAUUUUGGGCGCUGAGCCUAAAGGAGCUGACGACGCAGCCCAAUCAAAGGCCGCCGGGAGGAUAAUAACAUUGCGCGAAACCAACACCAUAGCAGACGGACUUCGAGCAUUUCUCGGAAAUUUUACAUGGCCUAUAGUACGAGAUUUUGUUGACGACAUAAUAGUCGUGGAAGAUACUGAAAUUAUUAAAGCCAUGAAGCUUUGUUUUCAUAUUCUUAAGAUUGUUGUAGAACCAAGUGCAGCAAUUGGCCUUGCAGCUGUUCUAUCUGAAACUUUUCAAAAAAAUCCGGCUUGGAAGGAUAGCAAGCAUAUAGGAAUAAUAGUUUCAGGAGGCAAUGUUGAUAUGACUGUGCUUUGGGAUUCUUUAAACAAAGGAAUGUAUGAAAUACGAGGGUUUGAAGAGAGAUAUCUUAAACACAACUCUGCGGUUCAAUGGUGAUAGGUUUGAACUAUCGAAAAUUAGAUUUAAAAUCUUCCUACAAAGUUUUAAUUUUGAAUUGUGGGAAACGAUAAUCAAGUCCAUUUAUCCCUAUUUACCACAUGAAUAGGAACUUAGUAGAUAAAUAUGAUUUCCUUUGGAACAUAGUGGAAAAGAAAGAGUUUUAAAUUGACUUCAAAACUAAGAAUUUUUUAGUUGUCUUUAGAUGAUAAUCAAUUCCUGUAUGUUCAUAAUUAUAAAUUUGCCAAGGAAAUAUAUGAU